ACGAGAAUUUCGAUGAUGCCAUCAUUGUGCCUGCAGUAUUUCGAAGCAUUACGUCAUCAUCAGUAGAAAACGUGACAUCAUCCUCUGAUGGAGAACAUUUCCCGAGUUCAAUUGCGGCUACUUUUGAUCGGGGGAAAAUGUCUUGUGAGAACCAACGAGAUGACUGUCAGUCACCAAUUCCUACGAUCAUAUUGACAGAUUAUGUUAGCAAGAGUUAGCUUAUGUGAUUUUACUUCAUUUUUAGCUGUUUUACUCUCGCGUAAACUGACAUUAGCUGAUUUUACUAUUGGGAAACUCCUAGCUGACGUCAAAAACAUUUUACUUAUUUUGCCAUUGUUCUAUUCUAUUGUUCUCUCAUUAUCGUUCUCUCUCCUAUACAUAAAUUAUGCACUACAUAAAUUAACGAUAACUUAAAUAAUUUGAAUUAACUCAAAUUCUGCUUGAAAUAAAAUGGCGGGAAGAAAAAUUAGUUGCAUUGCUGCAAUGUCCAGCAAAAAUAGAGGAAUUGGAAAAGAUGGAAAAUUACCUUGGCGUUUAAAAUCGGAGAUGAAGUAUUUUUCAAGAAUUACAACGGAUGUCAAGCAUGAAGGAAAACAAAAUGCAGUAAUUAUGGGUCGAAAGACUUGGGAAAGUAUUCCUACAAAAUAUCGACCAAUGGCAGGCCGAUUGAAUGUCAUACUAAGCAAAACAAUGAGUGAAGCUCCAGACAAUGUUUUGCUCUAUCCAGACUUGGCAACUGCAUUAGAUGCUUUAUCUCAAGCUCCCUAUGUGGAAAGCAUAGAAAGUUUGUUUAUUGUUGGAGGACAUGGUGUUUAUAAGGAAGCAAUGGUAUCAGACAAUCUUCAUAGAAUAUACUUGACUGAAGUUCAUAUUGAUGUAGAAUGUGAUGUAUUUUAUCGAAUUUGACAAAGAAAUUUUAAACUUGUAAAUGAUCCAACUGUUCCUUCUGAAAUGCAAGAAGAAAAUGGAGUCAAAUUUCAGUAUUUUGUAUAUGAAAAGAAAACCAAGAAUGGUGAAGAAUGAAAGUAAGAUAGCAUGUACGUGUGUGGAAGGUGUCUUAAAAACUUGCUAGUGAAAAGAUGUAUGGAAAGAACUAUAUGAGACAUUUUGAAUGUCAGAAAAAAUUCUCUACUAUGAAGUUAAUAUGAUUAUACCAUGAUAAUGCCGGUCUUUUACCACACAAUAUUGAAAGUGGGGAAGAUGAGGGAGGAGGUUUAAAAAACCAACACCCCCUCACUGUUAUGUGACUAUUCCAAAGGUGCAAAAUCACUGAAAAUCAAUUUUCAUCAUUAUUCCACGAAAAUUCUUUGUCUUCGUAA